AUGCUGACUAUCUCCUCGCCCUUGACCUUGGCGUCCCUCUCGUCCACAAAGAAGGCCAUGCUCUCACGUAUCAUGCGCACGCUGAACUUCCGCUGGCCGCCCAACAUCGACAAGAUCGAGACAGAGUGUCGCCUCAGGAAGGUGAAAUGGGGCUGUGACGACCUCAAGUACAUCGGCACAAAGGCCAAGCAGGAGCGAACCACCUUCUCGGCCGCUGCGCCGCGACCCUACUGGGUCCUAGACACGAUGCGCCGCCUUUGGGAGACCAAGGUGCGAUACGAGGACAUCUGUACGUGCGAGCCCAAUCAGCAGGUCUACGUCAAGUACAUGGGCGAAGAGAUUCUGGACAACGUGGCGCAGCUGAUAGCGUGGGAGCGUAGGGGCGGGACAUAUGCUGAUGAGGAGGCCGCGGAGAGGGAGCAGCAGCCGCAGAAGAAGAACACGAGCGGCCAGGAGAAGAAGCAGAGUGGCAAGAAGAAGAAGAAGGGAAAGACUGGCAGCAGCAGCAAGUAG